AUGUCUAGCUACAUUGCGUCAGCACAGAAGCCGACGGUUGUUAAUGGGGCCGUGGUUGGAAAUUUCAGAAACAGUACCGAGAGGGACUUGAUCAUUGCUAGGAUAAACAGGAUUGAGCUGCUUUUAAUCACAGAAGAAGGACUAAAACCACAUCGAGAGAUCCCUAUUUUCGGCCGAAUUGUUGUGAUUAAGUCGUUUAGACCAACAGGAAAAGUAAGCAGCCUUUUUAUAUCUAAUCUCAAGUUUAGGACAAACAUCUGCUGUUGGUUGUGACCAGUAAAUAUCAUGUUGCUAUCUUGUCUUUUGGUGCUGAAGGAGAAGUGAUCACUAAAGCUGCUGGUAGUGUUGCAGACAGAGUAUUCAGACCAGCUGAGACAGGAAUUCUUGUUAGUAUCCACAAAUCAGGAGUAAGUGUACUUCAAUAUAAUUGGAAAGAGCUACAGUUAUUUAUAUAUUUAGUUUGCAAUGUCAAACGUGUAUUUAACGAGAAUAUUGAUAAUAUCAAUUUAGUUGAUUGCCUUACGGUGUUACGAGGGAAGUUUGAAGAUUAUCAAUUGGAAUGACAGUGGAAAUCUACAAGCUUUUAAUCUGAGGCUUCUAGAAACUCAGUUGACUGAUUUUGGAUUCUUGGACACUAAAGGAAGUAAGUUGUACUCGUUUUUAAAGUUAUUGCUUUAGGUGUUCUUUCUUUGGCUUACAUUUACCAAAACGAAAGCGGGCGACAUCUGAAAGUGUGCAGAUUAAAUACGGAAGAAAAGGAGCUCACUGCUGAAUGGACUCAGGAGAAUAUUGAAUCUGAAGCUUCUCUGCUGAUUCCCGUACCUCAUGUUGGUGGAGUUGUUGUAGUUGGUCAGGAGUCGAUUUCUUAUCAUAAGAGUAGCAACAACUACAAGGCCGUAUCUCCAUUCUUGCUGCAUAUGUCAGAGAUUUGUUGUUAUUCCCAUGUAGACGAGGAUGGAGGAAGAAUACUGCUCGGAGAUAUUCAUGGUAGAUUGUUUUUGCUUCAUUUGCACACAAUGCUGAUGGAAAAUGGGUUAAACGAAGUGAGGGACAUUAAAGUAAGUGUUUAAUACCGUAACCAACUACUUUUGUAUAGUAACAUUUAGUUAUGGGUUAGUUUAACUAAUGUCAUUUAGGUGCAACUCUUGGGCGAAAUUUCGAUUCCCGAGUGCAUAGUGUAUCUUGAUCGGUCGAUAAUGUUUGUGGGGUCAAGAAUGGGUGACAGUCAGUUGAUAAGAAUACUCGACGAGCCUUACGAGUCUCAGCCAAACACAUUCUUGGAGGUGGUGGAUUCUUUUCCUAAUCUUGGGCCGAUCAGAGACCUGGUUAUUCUAGACACAGAUGGCCAAAAACAAGUUGUUACAUGUUCUGGAGGCUUUAAAGAAGGAUCGUUGCGGAUUAUCAGAAGUGGAAUUGGUAUUGACGAGACUGCCACAGUAGACAUGCCUAAAAUCAGAAAUCUGUUCACUUUCAAGUUCAACUCGGAAUUUGACAAUUACAUAGCCGUAUGCUUUGCUGACUACGUGGACUUGUUCAAGGUCGAGGGAGAAGUCUUGGAUAAUGGUGAUUUGCCUGGUAAGUUGAGAACAAUGAUCAUAUAUAGUGGUAAACUAUUUAUUGUUUAUUUUAGUAAAUCAUAUUCACAUUGGGAACAAUUUGUAUAUCUAAAUGUCAUUUUUGGUGAAUUUUCAGGCUUCGAACGAAACAAAGAAACGUUAUUUGUUGGUGGACUGAAGGAUGGAAGUGUUAUCCAGAUCUACGAAAACACAUUGAGUUUGAUCGGAACAGAUGGAAAUGUGACCGUGAAGGAAGAGUUUGAUGACCUUACUUUGUGCGAUGUCAAUUUGCAUACAGGCCAGGUCUUGGUGGCUAACAGAGAUACCUUGGUGUACUACCGAAUCAUCGACAACGUCUUCAAACGGAUUUGUUCUCAACAAUUCGAAUAUCAAAUCGCUUGUCUAUCUCUGUCUUCGUUUGGUAAGUGUGUUGUCGUAUGUUACUUUUAUAUUUAGGUUUUUAUGCAAAAAAAGGAAGGGAAAGAUAGUAAUUUUUAUUUUUUAAUUCUAAAAGUCGGCACAAUUAAAAUGUUUUUAGACGAAGAAGGUGAAAGCACGGUAUGUAUGGCAGGAUUCUGGAGCGGAACGGAAGUCUCAAUGUUUGCGAUUGAGAACAACGAGUUCAAUCACGUCACCAAUUGCACAUUGCCUGGAGACUUUGUCUUGCCGCGGUCUUCUUUACUCACCAAGAUGGAUGGCGUUAUCUAUCUUAUGAUUGCGUUGAGCGAUGGAAUACUGUAUUAUUUCACGGUGGAUCAGAAUAAUGGACAAGUUAUUGAUGUCAAGAAGGCUACUUUGGGUACAAGGCCGCCGAAACUGAGGAAGUUCUACGCCAGAGGCACCGUAAAUGUGUUUGUAUGUUCUGACAGACCAGCUGUGAUUUACAGUUCGAAUCAAAAGUUGAUAUUCAGUAAUGUGAACAUCAAGUUGAUCACCCAAAUGUGUCCGUUAAAUGCAGAAUUCUACCAGAACAGUCUAGUCUUGACAGACGGGUUCCGCUUGUUUAUUGGUAGGUGUUACUUUCGAUUUAAAAUAAUUAUAUAUUACUAUCUUCAUUGCAUAGUUUUAUAAUACGUUGUUGAUUGUUACUAAAGUUAUAUUUAUAGGGGUAAUUGAUGACAUACAGAAGCUUCAUAUCCGGUCAGUACCAUUGGGAGAAAGUGUCAGCAGAAUUGCUCAUCAGCCAGAAACAAACUCGAUUGCUAUAUUAACUCAUAGGGUCGAAGUAAGCGAAAACUAGUUAAAGGUUCGGUAAAUGUGUAUCGUUUUCAUAUAUCUCUAUUUAUGUUUACAGUAUUUAGUCCAAGUUAUUUAGUCUUUAACAAACUGAAUUUCAGAGAAUAUUGCCUAACGGAGACAGACAAAUCAGAAAUUCAGCUCCGAAAAUGUGUCCAAACAGAACACAACAACCUUCUAUUAAUGGUACAGAUAGCAAUGUCACAAGUGAAGAGUUUGUGGAUGCUGUACAAGUCUACUCCUUGUGUUUGUUAGACGUGAAUACCUUCGAAAUACUCCAUGUUGUGGAAAUGCCGAACAAUGAAGCCUUAGUGUCCGUAGCGUCGGUCCAAUUGGGUAACAGCACAACGCCUUUUUAUGUUGUGGGAACAGCCAUAUAUGUUCCAUCAGAUACAGAAUGUAAACAAGUAAGUCAUAGAAUUUGUGUUUUUGUUUUAGGUUUGACCAUCUGUGGGUUUAAUGUGAUCUUAAUUUAGGUAUAAUCAGUUCAUAAUUCCAAUUUUAGGGUCGUAUUCUCAUCUACGCUGUAGAAGACCAGCGUUUGAAGUUGGUAAACGACAAAGAAGUGAAAGGAGCCGUCUUGUCGAUGGCCGCCCUUAACAACAAGUUGAUUUGCUCGAUCAAUAGUUCUGUGCGCUUGUUCGAAUGGACAUCGGAGAACGAGUUAAGGUUGGAGUGUUCGUCUUUCAACUUCAUUACUGCCCUCUUCAUCAAGACUAAAGGAGACCUGGUAUUGGUUGGUGACAUUAUGAGGUCGAUGUCGUUGUUGGCUUACAAGUCCAUCGAUUCACAGUUUGAAGAAAUUACUCGAGACCAUAGUAAUGAAUGGACUACAGCUGUUGAGAUUGUGGAUUCGGAUACGAUGAUUGCUGCCGAAAACGCCUACAAUCUUUAUGUCGUACGAAAAGAGGCCAAAAUAGAAGGAGAAGAUGAGAAGACAAAGUUCAGACAAGCUGGCUUCUGGUAUUUGGGAGAAAACGUCAACGUGUUCAGAAGGGGGUCGUUGCUCACACCAAACACCGAUACAGGCACAAAUUUCACCAAUCCAUUAUUGUUUGGGACAGCCGAUGGCAGUCUGGGCGUUAUUGUGCAGUUGACUGAAGACGACUUCAAUUUCUUGUUAAAUUUGCAACGUUCUUUGGCGAAUAACACAACCAACUGCACCAGAAUCUCGUACGAUACCUACAGGAACUUCAACAAUCAGAAGAAGGUGGAAAAGCACAGCGGAUUCAUAGAUGGAGAUCUAAUCGAAGGGCUUACAGAUAUGUCAAGGGAAAACAUUAUUGAACUUGUGAAGUACAUGAAGGAGAAAUACAAACGUAGGUUGUCAUAUUUGAAAGAAUUAAAAAAGAACUUCGUCUGAAGUUUAGUAACACUGUUUUGCCUUUAAACACACUUACUGUAUAAUGUAAAACUUUCGACUAAAAUUAUGUUAAUUCCCUUCUGCAGGUGACACAUCUCCAGAAGAAAUCCUUCGACUGGUAGAAGAUCUCUCACGGUUACAUUAA